AUGCGUCGCCUAAUCCACGGUUUAUUCUCUAUACUAAUUUGCGUGUCCGUAAUCCGAGCCGACGCUCCGGAAUGUGAGGAAAAGACGCUUGGCACAAAAUACAUCGAGGACUAUGUCCAAUUCCAAUGUAACCAGACGAGUGAUAUGAUCGGCUACGUGCCAAUUGGGUGCGCACCUAACAACUCGGCGGCCGGGCCGGUGAUCCCGCUGAACGGCGAAUACCUGUCGCCGCACUUUGUAUUCAAGUGCCUCUCCGAGAAGGUCGACGGGUACACCGAAGUUGAAUACGCCAUUACGCAUUGCCUUGACGAACAUGGUGGUCGUAUCGACAUUGGUGAAACCUACUCGGACCCCGCUAACACAGAAGGCCAAGAUACUGUAAUCGAAUGCACCAAACUCGAAAACGGAGCUGUCCGCAAAACCGUCCUGAAAUCGACCUACUGCGAGGACAGCAAGGGUAUGCAAAAGGCUGAUGGUGCCGUUUGGGCCCAGGAUCCGCCGAAGGAGGCGAAUAAGACGCUCCAAAGCGGCGUUCAAGUGCAAUGUCAGAACCAGGGAAAAUACUUGAAGGGCGUCCAAAUUGCCUGCAUUGCCUAUAAUCGACAAGUGAUCCCGGUGGGGCAGAAGAAGAAGGUAGAUGAUCAAUGGAUGGAAUGUGUGAAGAGGGGAAAAUCUGAAAAGGGAUAUCGAGCUGUGCUGGAGGCUGUUGGAACCCCGCCCUGCUUCAUCUUUGGCAAAAACUUCACCGACGGCGAACACUUCUCCGACGUCCCCGCCAAGGUCUUCUACGUGUGCAAGGAAGGAGAGGCGACGAUUGACCAUUGCAAAGACCCCAAGGGCCAAAAGCUGGAGUUGUACACGCUCGUCUACGUCGACGAUAAGCCGCAGUUCUGCUCGGGGUCAGCCGGUCUUCUUGAUUUCCAGGAUAAGAAGGGAUGUACGAUGGCCAAUGGGACUCUUGUGCACUUUGGCGUCGAGUUCGUCGAGGACGGGGUCAAGCAGCUGUGCAACUUUACGCUUAAUGGAGCCAAGGCAACAGCUGAGGGGAAGCCGAUAGCAUGCCUUUACGAUGGGAAAGAGAUCGAGGUGGGCGGCCAGGUGAUGGUCGGUAGGGAGGGCAAGAAGUGCGUCAUCAAGGACAAGAAAUGCCAACUGAUCGACAUGACCAAGGAUGAGGUGGAGAAGUACAUGGCGGGGAGGGGGAAGGAGACUUCUUUUGUGGCCCAGCGCUCGGGGCGUGUCCGUGGACCCAGGAUGAAGCCGAAGGUGUUGAAGCCGGUGAAUAAAGAUGGUGGUGUCGCAGGAUUUUCUGAAGUUGGGGAUAAAGAUCCUGAAGACCCAACGACGACAACCGCAAAGCCGACAACCACUACGACCACGACGACAACCACAACGACUACAACGACCACGACAAAGGCGACUACCACAACCCCCACAACGACAACUUCGACUACGACCACAACAACAGCUGCCCCAACGACUACCAAGGCACCGGCUGCACUCCCAGCGAUGGAUACAGCCCGCGACGAUCCGGUAGAUCACGUCGAGGCAAGUAAGCCAGAGAACAACUCCAGUAACCCACUACCACUCACUCGCAGCCUCCUAACCGAUAGUGACAAACAUAAGCGUAUUGAGACCUUGAGCUCGAAGGAAAUUCAAGAGCAACUGACUGCUUGGGAGGGCCCCGGGGGUCAAGCCGGGAUCGGAUCGGCCGAGCAUAGAAUGGAAAAAGAGAAAGGAGUGGAUGGAGCUCCGAAUGCUGGGGCCGGAAAGGUAGAAGGCCCAUCUGGAAUUGCGGGUAUUGGGGCGGAUGCUGGGAAAGCUGAUAAUGCCGCUGGGGAUCUGAAGAGCGCGGAAAGCAAGCAUUUGAAGGAAGCUAAACCUCAGGGUCUAGCUGGUAUCGGCGCGGAUUCUGACAUUAAGGCACUAAAUUCCCCACCAGAACUGCGGCCAGUGUCUUCUAACUUUGUGCCUGAGGCUGCGAAGGGUGAAGCGCAAAUCGGGGAGGAUUCAAAGGCCGUGCCGAAGCCGGAAGGUGCGGCAGGGAUUGGAAAGGACGGCAUUGAAACUCAGCCGGCGACUGGGGAAGCCAAGACCGGGAAAUCGGACGACAAGCUUCCGGGAGCAGGCGGACUUGCCGGAAUCGGGGCUGAUGAAGAUCAAAAGAAGGACGCAGGGCGAAAUGCCCAUCAGGUUCCGCAAACGCAGACGUUCGAAAAGCCGGCCGGGGAAGCAAAGCCUGGCCAAGAUGGAGAGAAGCUUCCGGGAGCCGAUGAUCAUCAAGCUCAGCAUGUUCAGGAGCCCGCAGAACCAGCUGGAGAACCAAAGCCCGGCCACGACGGCGAAAAGCCACCUGGCCCGAAUGGAGUUGCUGGAAUCGGGGCGGGCAGCGCUCAACAAAAGGAGAUCGAAGCGACGGUGAAAUCCGUCGAGCCGGUGGGUCAACAAGUUCAGCAAGUUCAACAGCUUGAAAAGGCUGCCGGAGAAGCCAAGCCUGGGCAGGAGGGAGAGAAGCUUCCGCCAGCCAAUGGAGUAGCCGGAAUCGGGCCAGACGCAAAUGAGAGCAAGGAGCCAAAAUCAGAACAGAAGCCAGAAGCCGGCCAGCGGCCACCUGCUGACCAGGAUCCAGGCGUUCCGGAGAAGAGAAUCCCGGGAAAUGGCGCUCCCGGAGAGAUCAAGUCGCACCAGGCGCAGGAUAGGCUUCCCGGAUCUGGAGGAAAUGCAGGCAUUGCGGCCGAUGAGAAGCAGCAGGCUGGACCUCAUCCUAAUCAUAAGCCUGCGGAAUUUCCGAUUGUCACAGUUGAGCAACAACGACCACCUGGUGCUCAGGGCACCGGACUUCCGAAACAGCAAGAAACUGAGCAGACAGUCGGUGAUACCAAACCUGGCCAGUUUGAAGAUAAACCUGCCAUGCCGAAUGGACUUGCCGGAGUUGGGGCUGAUGAAAACCAAAAGAAUGAGCAGGACGACAAGAUGCCUGAGGCGCUGUCUAGCGUGAACGUUGAGCAGAAGGACGCCGGACACGCAGUUCCGGAAGCUAAUCCUGAAAGAUCUCAAGAUAAGCUUCCUGGGCCGAAUGGACUGGCCGGAAUUGGGGCUGACAACGAGCAUCCCGAUUCGAAGCCAGGUCAAGAAGCCAAACCUGAACAAAGCCAAGAUAGGCCGCCUGUAGCUCAAGGCAUUUCUGGAAUCGAAGCGUCGGAUGAACGACAGCCAGGCGAGCCACAGCCUGGAAAUCAAGUACCAGUUGCUUCACCCACCCCAAAAGCCCUUGUCGACCCCGCGCAGCCCAAUCAGCCAGAAAAUGACAGUCCAAUCGAAUCGAAGUCAGAUAAGGGCCCGGGCAAGUUCCUGAAUGCCGGUGUAAUCCUGCCGAACCCGGAUCACCUUAAGCCCAAAACUGCCAGUGGCGAAGCGGGAAUUGGAAAGGAUCAGAAGGAGCCAAAGCUUCCGGUUGACAAAGAAGAAGCACAACAAAAGCCAAAUGAAGUUGCUCAGAAAUCGGCAAGUCCUCAAGCAAAGGUUGUAGAACAACAAAACCGCCCGAGCAAUACUGAAGGUGUGGUGGACGGCGUUAUCAAUCCGGAUGAAGGCUGGGAAUCCAGUGAGGCGGAAGAGUUCCGGCCGAGUUCUGCAGAACACGGGCAAGGAGUUCAUCAAGAACGACCGAGGACAGAUACCCUAGGUGAGAAGGCCAUUCAUUUCGGGUCUAAAGUGCCAUCACCUGGAGAUCGAGCUCAACCCCUCAUCCAGAUCGCUUCGGCUUCCGGAAAACACGCUCCAGUCGUACAAAAUUUCGGAGAUAUUGUCCGGCCGAUCGUUGGAUGGGAUCCCACUUCUGAGGAAGAGCUUGAUGAAAUUCAGGCUUCUCUUGCGGCAAAGCAAGCUAAGGAAAAGGCUGCUUCCCCAAAGAUUGCCACGGGCUCUGUAGAACCUGUCAACGUCGCGCAAGCCAACAACCAACCUGCUUCCAAUAAUCUCGAUGUGCCUGCCCAGCGACCUGCAAGUUUGCACUCAAUCACCGAUGAAGCUCUGGAUCGAGCUCCUGCUGGAAUCGUCGUUGAACAAAAGGCACCAGAUGCUUCAGAGCCAUGGAAGCUUGUUGGGGACCCGCCAAUCCCCGUUGACAAGGAUCCGAAGGAAAAGCCUGCAGCUGAAGCCCCUCAAAACCCAGAAGUCAAGGCACCGGCCGGUUGGGACUCGAAAGAAGUAGAAGAUCCUGAGUGGCAGUCAGCAGAAGAUGAGCAGCAUCCUGUGAAUCGACCUACACUCGAGGAGCAGGCACCAAGCCAGGUCGACUUAAAGAACCCUCAAGAAGUCGUCGGAACCAAGCUUCCGGUUUCUGAAGGGCCGAAGGAGUCAAAUACCGAGCACGAGCCAGCUGCUGUGAUAAUUCAGCCAAAAGCCGUAAACCAAGGACUUGCCUCUGAUCGACUUGCUGUUGUUGACGACCAAGCCGAGCAUGACGUUCUGCAACCUGCUAAGAGGUGGGAUUCGAAUGAGGAGCUUGAUGAUGAGGUAGUCCGGGUCGGCGAGGGAAAACCUGCUGCUGAGCAUCAACCAGGAAGUGGUUCCGACCAGCCAAAAGAACAAGUGGUGGCUACUGGAGCAGUUCAAGCUCCCGGAGAGGUCGAAAAGGCACAUCCGGAAAAUCAGAAGACUGAUGUGUCUUCGGAUAAGGUGUUUGAGCCUGAACAACGAUCCGCAGUUGUAAUUCCAGUUGUUAGCGAGUCUGCCCAGCAAGAACAAGCUAGAGCUUCUGAGGUCGAGCGUCAGGCUGAAGCUGGGCAGAAGCGGCCAGAAGCUCAAGGGGCCAGCCAGUCAGAUACCGUUAUUUUGACACCGAACGCCAAUCAACAAGUCGACCUAAAGCCGGUAGACCAACAGGGACCGGGACCCGCUUCCGGAAACGUUACUUCCAAACCUAACAGCUUUGAGCAAAAGCAGAAUCAGCGCUUGAACCUGCAAUCUGUCGAGUCUGGAGGUCCAGGACCAGCUCAGGAAGUUAAACCCGUUGUCCAAACCCAAGAAUCCCAUGACGCCGAACUCCGACCACCAACUUCAGAUUUAGCCUCACCGCAGGAGCGCCAUCAAGCCCACCCUCAACCGCUGCGCGAGAAAAUGAGCGUUUCCAUCAAGAGCAACGAGGAGAAGGGGCCGGCUUCAGAACCGGACGAUCGAAGCUCCUGGGAGAGCAGCGAGGAGCACUCAAGCUCCGCAAGCUCUGAGGAAAUCUCGGAUGAUGCUGUUGCUCCGGUGGUUCCGGUAAAGCCGAUCAAGCCAGUGGCCUCAGAAGGCAUCACAGAAAAACAGGAGACUCAUGGUGAAGUUGCGCACCAAACUGGAAGCCAGGAGAAGAAACCACAGGAGCUCGAGAUUAAGCAGGAAAAUCAAGCCUUGGCUCAUAGACCCGCGAAGGCUGGAUUGCAAAAGCAAGCUUCAUCAGCUUCUGAAGAUUCCGUGGAAGAGGCCAUUCCUUCAAAACCGAAGACCCAAGUCGAGCAGCUUUUGGAGAAGACCCAGAAGGCGGUGGACAGUCUCAGGGACCAGGUUGAGGCGCAGAAGCUUGAGUCGCAGGCGCCGAUUCGAAGCCCGGGGAAGAAGGGGAAGGGUCGUGGGAGUUUGAGUUCGGAUAGUGACAGAGAUUCGAAGACACAAGCAGUUAUGAUCGGAAAACCGGCAGCUGUUCUGAAGCGGAAGGAUGACAUCCUGAUCGAUAACUCAAUCGAAUCAAUAGAAGCGGAAACGAAGAAUUGCACAGAUGUGGCUUGCAAUCCAUGCGUCGAGUGUGAUCCAUGCAGGGCGCAUCGGGCCCAUCGGCUACGACCGCCGCCAUGCGCCGAACUUGGCAUGGACGAGAUGAGAGCAUAUUACGCAAUGAAAGCCGCCCGUAUGCAAGAUGCUCUCGCCGACAUUCGAAGACGGAUAUCUGACCUGUACAUGGACCUCCGAGACGCCAUCUGCCCA